AUGGCGCAAGAACCCACCAUUCACGACAUCUUUGAGCAGGCCACAAGUACGUGGCAGUAUAUCGUCGCCGAUCCCUCCACCAAAGCUGCUGUGAUCAUCGACCCUGUCCUCGAUUUCGACCCAGCAAAGAGCACCAUCUCGACUCAGACGGCCGACAGCCUUCUUGAUGUUGUCCUAGAGGAGGGUUACAAGGUGGUCGGCAUCCUUGAGACGCAUAUUCAUGCCGACCAUCUGACUGCUUCUAGAUACCUUCAGUCCCGACUGCGGGAUGCACAGAACGGCGCUGCCCCAAGUAUCUGCAUCGGCAGUCGCAUAGGGGUCGUUCAAGAAAGGUUUGGCGAGAAAUACGGUAUUGCAAAGGAGGAAUACGUCGACGCUUUUGACUGGUUGCUCGACGACGACGAGGUCUUUGCAAUUGGAGAGCUUGAGGCCACAGCUCUCCAUCUGCCGGGCCACACUCCAGACCACAUGGGAUACAUGAUCGGAUCAAAUGUCUUCGCUGGCGACUCCCUCUUCAACCACGACGUUGGCUCCGCGCGCUGCGACUUCCCCGGAGGCAACGCUCGAGACCUCUUCGCAUCGACGCGGCGGCUACUGAACCUCCCCCAAGACACAAAGAUAUGGACUGGACACGACUAUCCGCCGGCCGGCCGGGGCCCUGUAGCGGUGACGGAUGUUGCCCUGCAGAAGACCGAGAACAAGCACCUCGCCCAGAACGUGACGGAGGAUGACUUUGUCAAGUGGCGCGAGGAGCGGGAUUUGGGACUCGGCGAACCCAAACUCAUGCAUUGGGCGCUGCAGGUCAAUGUAAGGGCUGGCAAUAUGCCUAGUCCGACAAAGGAUGGGGAUUGUUUGCUGCAUAUACCUAUCAGGAUGCAAGGAGGGACUUGGUGA